AUGCCUCGCAAGAGUCGUCGGCGCUCGAAGAAACAUUGCACUCUCUUGAAACGCCUAGUGAAAAUUAAGGCGAAAAAGAAAGCUAAAUUAGAGGAAGAAGAAGGGGUUACUCCACUUGUUGACAGGUAUUGGUUGCAAAGGUAUGAUCUUUUCUCGAGAUACGAUAAGGGUAUCAAAUUGGACGAAGAAGGGUGGUUUUCCGUUACACCGGAAGAGAUUGCGGUCCGGCACGCCGAGCGGAGUGGUGGCGGUGUAGUCAUUGAUUGCUUUGCCGGCGUCGGUGGUAAUGCCAUACAAUUUGCCUCGGUAUCUCAACACGUUGUUGCUAUUGACAUUGAUCCACAUAAAGUUGCAAUGGCUUCUAAUAAUGCAAAAAUAUAUGGCGUGGAAGAUUAUAUAGACUUUGUUGUGGGAGACUUCUUCCAACUUGCACCAUAUCUGAAGGGUAAUGUAGUAUUCCUUUCACCACCAUGGGGGGGUCCAUCAUAUAGUUCAGUUGGGAAUUUUACCCUUGACCUACUGAAGCCAAAGGAUGGACUUACAAGUGAUCAGCCUGGCAAAAUAGGGUUGCCUGCAAAGAUUAACUUAGGUAAAGUGUAUCAGUACAUCAGGCUAUUCAACUUCCUAGGAAGGUAUUCAAUGUUUCAAAUUGCUCAAUCAAUAACCCCCAACAUCAUUAUGUUCUUACCUAAAAAUGUAGACCAACGUGAAGUGGAAGAACUUUCUUGGCUGUCUUCUCCUCCUCUACAUGUUGAGGUAUUUUUUCUACUGCUGGUUAGACGCAUGCAGAUUGAAGAAAAUUACGUGCAGAGCAGUUUAAAGGGUAUGACUGCCUAUUUUGGUGAUGCUCCUUUCAGGUAA